AUGGAUCCCUUCGAAAGUUCCUAUAUCUGGGUCUAUGAAGGCACUGAGAUCACUACUGAGGCUAAGCCCGAACUUCAGCUGCCAUCUCGGACAUGGAUUAUCACCAAAAAGCUCGAAGAGAUAGCCAAUGUCACAACGCAGUGGGACAUCGACCAUGGUUAUAAGCCUGGGUGUGCUGGUGCAAAGUUGAUCUGCCAUCUAAAGGGCCAUCCGCAAAAGCUAGCAUUUAUGCGAAUUUAUCGUCAAAUCCCUAUCGAUGGUACCGCAUUCGCCCCCUCUAGUAUCCGAGCUAGCCAGGCAGUCCCGCGAAUUUCGAAUUGUGAGCUGAGGGCAUUUAUCACGUUGACACAGCAAAAAUGCUCUGGCAUUCCCAAGCUCCUAGGUUACCACGAAGGUACACAGGGACCUAACGAAAUUGUCCCUGGUGGUUAUGAAGUCUUGAUUGUCUGGGAGAAGGUUCCGGGGAACCCUUUAUCCAAGGACUAUUUUUGGAGUCUCAAAAAGAAGCAACGCGAUUGGAUCCGUGAACAAUUUCGCCAGAUCUACCAACAGAUUUUACGAUGUGGAAUCACGCCAUUGAAUACUACCCCCGCGAGUCUCACGUAUGAUGAGUCUACUGGAAGCCUAUGCUUUUCCAAUUUUGAGGCGGCAGUCCCUACUGAUCCAAAGAAACGGUUUCGCCAAGCAGACUAUGUCAUUUACGGAUUGGCUAAGCCAUCUGACCGUACUGAUUGGCCCGAGGACACCAGUGGAUGGCAAUGGUGA